AUGAAAAUUAAAAAUUUAGAUCAUUUAGUAUUGACUGUUGCUAAUAUAGAAAAUACAUGCAAGUUUUAUAAUAGUGUGUUGGGUAUGAAGAUAAUAACAUUCAAAGAAACAAGAAAAGCAUUAGAGUUUGGGAAUCAGAAAAUUAAUUUACACUUGAAAGGAAAAGAAUUUGAACCAAAAUCCAAAUUCCCAACUGCAGGUUCCGCAGAUUUAUGCUUUAUAUCCGAAACACCUUUAUUAGAGGUAAUUAAAGAGCUAAAAGAAAAAAAUAUAGAAAUAGAGGAAGGACCCGUUGAAAGAACAGGAGCAGUGGGUAAAAUAAAUUCAGUAUACAUCAGAGAUCCAGAUUUUAAUUUAAUUGAAAUCUCUAAUUAUAUAUAA